CCCAGCAUGGAGCAAUGGCGAGUUGCUGGACCUCAUCAGUGUUUGGGGGGAGGAAGCUGUACAGUCCCAGCUGCGCUCCAGCCGUAGGAAUUACGAUACCUUCGGGAAGGUAUCAAAGGACAUGAUGGAAAGGGGCCAUGACCGGGACGCCCUGCAGUGCAGGAUUAAAGUCAAGGAGCUGUGGAGUGCCUACCGCAAAGCCCGCGACGCAAACGGCCGCUCAGGUGCUCCCCCCGCGACCUGCAGAUUCUACAAGGAGCUGGAUGCGAUACUUGGGGUUAACCCCACCUCCACUCCGAGCACCACCAUGGACACUUCAGAGCCGGUGUGGGGGCGGGAGGAGGAGGAAGAGGAGGAGGAAAACGGGAGUGAUGGUGGUGGGCCAGAUGGAGACACCCCGGAAUCCCUGGAGCCAUGCAGCCAGGAGCUCUUCUCCAGCCAGGAGGAUGGUAACCAGUUGCAGCGGCCGGUAUUUGAUGGAGGACAAACAGAAGAGCAGGUUCCCGCUGCAUCAACCUUGAGACCUCAGCCGUCCCUCUUAUCUCCUGCUCAGAGACUGCAAAGACUCAGGAAGAGACCGCGAAAAAGCAAAGAAGACAUGCUGCAAGAAGUGAUGCGGCAAUCUAUUAAAGAGAACGAGAAGGCACAGGACUGGAGGGAGAGAGAAAGCAGGAUCCGCCAGGAAAACGCAGCGCACCGGCGGCAAAGCACCGCACACCGGCAGCAAAGCACUGAUAGGCUCAUCAACAUCCUGGAGCACCAAGCAGAUGCUAUCCAGGAGCGGGUAGCCAUGCAGAAAGAGGAGCAGUACCGAAAACGCAAACGCCACCCUCCCUACAGCCCUUGUCCCAAAACUCUUUCUGUUGUGCCCCACUGUCACCUCCAACCCACUUUCCCCAACUUCCGUGUUCUUCAUGCCACCCACUGCCUCCAACACCAGUAUCUUCACUACCCAGCCCUGGAAACCACGACCCUUACCCUCUGCACUCAACCCCCAUCACCAUGCAGUAUAGCUAUCCUGAAGUGCAGCACUCACUGCACAGCACACCAGACAGGACAUACACGAAUCUGUGAUUGCACUGUUCCCCGCUCCACCCCCUUUUUUCUUUUCAAUAAAUGGAUUCUUUGGCUUUGAAAACAUUCUUUAUUAUUGCAUAAAGUAAAAGACUCCUUAGCCCAGGAAAUAAACAGGCACUGCAAGUCUGCUUGUCUGCUAAGCAGACUCUGAUUCCUAAAGAUGGGAACUACUGCACUUCACUCCCGUGCAGGGCACCAGAUAUCACUGCUGGUUUUCAGCCUCAAAUUGCUCCCUCAAGGCAUCCCUAAUCCUUGCAGCCCCACGCUGGGCCCCUGUAAUAGCCCUGCUCUCUGGCUGUGCAAAUUCAGCCUCCAGGUGUUGAACCUCGGAGGUCCAUGCCUGAGUGAAGCUUUCACCCCUCCCUUCACAAAUAUUAUGGAGCGCACAGCACGCAGAUAUAACCGUGGGGAUGCUGCUUUCGGCCAAGUCCAGCUUCCCAUACAGAGAUCGCCAGUGGGCCUUUAAACGGCCAAAGGCACACUCCACAGUCAUUCAGCACUGGCUCAGCCUGUAGUUGAACCGUUCCUUGCUGCUGUCAAGGCUCCCUGUGUAGGGUUUCAUGAGCCACGGCAUUAACGGGUAAGCGGGAUCUCCAAGGAUCACAAUGGGCAUUUCAACUUCCCCUACCGUGAUCUUCCGCUCUGGGAAAAAAGUCCCGGCCUGCAUCUUCCUGAACAGCCAAGUGUUCCGAAAGAUGCGUGCGUCAUGCACCUUUCCAGGCCAGCCUGUGUUAAUGUCAAUGAAACGCCCACAGUGAUCCACAAGCGCCUGGAGAACCAUAGAGAAAUACCCCUUCCGAUUAAUGUACUCGGAUCCUAGGUGGGGUGGUGCCAGAAUAGGAAUGUGCGUCCCAUCUAUCGCCCCUCCACAGUUAGGGAACCCCAUUUGUGCAAAGCCAUCCACUAUUUCCUGCACGUU